ACACAUCACAUACCCUUUCAAUCCAAUAAAAAUCCUUUAUUUAAUUAACUGUAGUAGUAUAUUAUACACUACCCAUCAUUCAUCCUCCAACUUCACACCCAAAACUCUUGGGGCUCAUACCGGCAGUAACCAAUAGAAAUGGGUCGCAGUCCCGUUUCUUUGAUCUCUUCAGUCCUCCUCCUGCUUUUCUGCGUUGCUGUAUCAGGAUCGAACUUCGAUGAAUCUAACCCUAUCCGACUUGUGUCGGACCGUCUUCGUGACUUCGAAGCCUCUGUCACUAAAGUUGUCGGUCACAGUCGUCGCGCUCUUUCCUUCUCUCGUUUUGUUUACAGGCACGGGAAGAGGUAUCAGAGUGAGGAUGAGAUGAAGAUGAGGUUUGCGAUUUUCUCGGAGAAUUUGGAUUUCAUUAGAUCCACUAAUAGAAAGGGCCUUUCUUACACUCUUGCUGUUAAUGAUUUUGCCGAUUUGACUUGGCAAGAGUUUCAAAAGCACAGAUUAGGAGCUGCACAGAACUGCUCUGCCACCACUAAGGGCAAUCACAAGCUUACUGGCGUUGCUCUUCCUGACACGAAAGACUGGAGGGAAGUUGGCAUAGUUAGCCCCGUUAAGAAUCAAGGCCAUUGUGGUUCUUGCUGGACUUUCAGUACUACGGGAGCUCUUGAGGCAGCCUAUCAUCAAGCUUUUGGAAAGGGAAUCUCUUUGUCUGAGCAGCAGCUUGUGGAUUGUGCUGGAGCUUUUAAUAACUUUGGUUGCCAUGGUGGAUUGCCAUCACAAGCCUUUGAGUAUAUCAAAUACAAUGGCGGCCUUGAAACUGAGGAAGCAUAUCCAUACACUGGAGAAGAUGGCGCUUGCAAAUUCUCAUCAGAAAAUGUUGGCAUUCAAGUGCUCGACUCUGUCAACAUUACUCUGGGUGCUGAAGAUGAAUUGAAAGAGGCAGUUGGAUUGGUUCGUCCAGUGAGCGUGGCUUUUGAGGUAGUAAGCGGUUUCCGUUUUUACAAGAGUGGAGUUUACACCAGUGACACUUGUGGCAGUACUCCAAUGGAUGUGAACCAUGCUGUUCUUGCAGUUGGUUAUGGAGUAGAAGAUGGUGUACCAUAUUGGCUCGUUAAGAACUCCUGGGGAGAAAAUUGGGGUGAUCAUGGCUAUUUUAAGAUGGAAAUGGGGAAAAACAUGUGUGGUGUUGCAACUUGUGCAUCAUACCCCGUGGUUGCGUAAUUCACAGCUGUGAAGAAGUUUGAGCUCUUUGACGAGUAUAAGAUAGCAUGGAAGUUAGAAUAUUUAUCUAAGGUGAACAUUUACCUGUUGUAAUGAUGAUUGUAAAAUAAGAAUCCAGAUAGCAACAACCUAUUGUACACAAGAAAGAAAGACCUCAAUGUAAAUUCAGCACUUGGAACUGUGAUAAUGUGAAAGUCCUAUAUUAAUCCAUGAUAAACAAA